UUUGUGUAUAAUAAAAAAAGGUUCCCUGUUUAUAUUGGAGCCUUUAAAAUGUUUUUAAGUCCCCCUACAUUAUUAUUUUUUACUUCAAGUUCUUAACUGUUCCUCGUCACACGAGUGUUAGUGUGAGUGAAUUGCUGUUUGAGAUUACAACCGUGUGACGAAAGAGCAGAUAAAAAGGAUGAUGGGAAUGAUGCGGGAACGAUGGUUAAAUUUAGCUCUGUCCACCUUUUAUAAACAGACUUUCACGAUUUUCCCCACGAUUUCUCGUAAAGAUCUUCAAAUCUCAGUCGGGUUCACAUCUCUAGUGAUUUUAUAUUAUCGCUAAGGUGAUGUUGUUUUCUUCUCUGGGCUUACGCUGGCGCACUAUUUAACGGGAGGUUCCCAUUAUUCCGGUCCGGCGGAGGGAUCGGAUCAUGUAAGGAGGCUCAGCUUGUCAGUCAGACUUUCAAUGGUUCCUGUGGCGCCUCAUCACCACCACCACCCUCAUCUUCACUGUUAAUCCCUGACUGCUGCUUUAACCACAACACUCGAGCUCUUACAAACAGAGUAAAAAUGAAGAGACAGUGAAGGAAAAAAUACCUGACAACCCCGUCACCACCAGAAGGAGUAAUAGCAGGGGGUUGACCGAAAAGCGGAGGAGAUUCUAAGCGUUCAGCAGCUCACGUUACUCGGAGAGUUGCGAGGAUGAUGAUGACCAUGGUCAGGUCAAGGGAUUUUCUCUUAGCCUCGCUUCUUGUCGCAUGUGCAGUGUCACUCAAUGUGCAGAUUGUACCCAGUCAUGGUGAGAUUAGCCUCGGAGAGUCCAAAUUCUUCAUGUGUGAAGUUGAAGGUGUGGCCAAGCACAUAGACUGGUUUGGACCCAGUGGAGAUAAGAUUGAACCCUACAGGCCAGACAUAACUGUGACCCGCAACGAUGAGUCAUCGUCCACCCUGACUCUGUACGGAGCCAGGAAUGAAAAUGCUGGGACAUAUAAAUGUGCUGCCACCAACGGGGACCAACAAGGAGAGGCAACUGUCAAAGUGAAAAUUUUUCAAAGAAUCACAUUUACAAAUGUGCCUUCGCCUCAGGAGUUCAACGAAGGCGACACUGCCAACAUUAUUUGUGACUUCACCAGUUUCCCUCCUCCAACAGUUCUCUGGAAAUUCAAAGGGGCAAAAAUACAAAUUGAAAAGGAUGUACGCUUCAAGGUGCUGAGCAACAAUCACUUCCAAAUUCGAGGAAUCAAGAAGACAGAUGAGGGCCCGUACACCUGUGAGGCUCGCCUAAUGUCACGUGGUGAAAUUGAUCUGAGGGUCAUUAAAGUUAUCGUCAACGUUCUCCCGACCAUCAGGGUAUGGCAGUCAGAGGUGAAUGCCACAGCAGAUGUUGGGCAGCCGGCCAUGCUGACUUGUGCUGUAGAUGGCUUCCCUGAACCCAUGGUGACAUGGACAAGGACUGACGUGGUUCUGGAGGCAGGAGAGAAGUACAGCUUCAAUGAAGACGGCUCUGAAAUGACAAUAAUGGAUGUUACCAAGCUGGACGAGGGGGAGUACACCUGCAUCGCCAGGAAUAAGGCUGGAGAAAGUGAGCAGGAGUUAAGCCUCAGAGUGUUCGUUAAACCCAGGAUUACCUACAUCGUGAAUCAAAGUGCAUCAGAGAUGGAGGAGCAGGUGACUCUGACGUGCGAAGCCUCCGGAGAUCCGACGCCCUCCAUCAACUGGAGCGACGGCGAACACGUUUUCAUUGAAGGAGAGCAGGCACAUCACAACAGGAUCUAUCAGGCAUCGUGGACCCGCCCUGAGCAGCACAAGAGCCUGGAUGGAAGAGUGGUGGUAAGAAGUGACGCUCGCGUGGCCUCCCUUACUGUAAAAAAUGUCAAAUACACAGACGCCGGUCAGUAUUACUGCACAGCACGCAGCGCCAUCGGAGAGGACAGUCAGUCUACGUACCUGGAGGUCCGCUACGCCCCUAAGAUUCAUGGUCAGGCAGCAGUGUUUACCUGGGAGGGGAACACCGUGAACAUCAGCUGUGAGGUCAAGGCUCACCCCAGUGAUGUGUCCAUUUUUUGGCUGAAAGACGACCUGCAGCUGCCCAGCUCUAACCUCAGCAACAUCAAGGUCUUCAGGACUCCAUCGUCCAGCUUCCUCCAGAUAACCCCUUGGUCUGACAAUGAUUUCGGGAGCUAUAACUGCACAGCCUCUAAUGACAUGGGAACAGAGUCCAAGGAGUUUGUGCUGAUUCAGGCCGACAUGCCAUCAGCUCCACUCAUCAGCGAGGUCAAACCCUUCUCCACGACAGCCCAGAUCCAUUUUGAAGAACCAGAGUCCACUGGUGGUGUUCCGAUCCUAAAGUACAAAGCUGAAUGGAGGACGCAAGACAGAGGCAACUGGCUGCAGAGGGUCUACGAGGUCCAGAAAGCCUCCAUUAUUGAAGUGACAAUCACAGGACUGAAGCCAGAGACCAACUAUGAAAUGAAGCUGUCUGCAAUCAAUGGCAAGGGUGAAGGUGACAGCAGCUCUGCUGAGGUCUUCAAGACACAACCUGUCCGAGUUCCCAAUCCCCCUAAACUGGAAGGAUCAGGUUUACCUAAAGGAAACUCCCUCAAAGUCAGAUGGAUAAAACAGGAUGACGGCGGAUCGCCAAUUUUACGUUACCUCGUUUCAUACAAACCUAUUCAAGCCACUGAAUGGAGACCAGAGGUCCCUCUAUCCAGCGACAGUGAGUACGUGGUUCUCAGCGGCCUUGAGUGGGACACGGAGUACAACGUCUUUGUGGUUGCAGUAAAUCAGAAGGGCAAGUCCCAGCCAGCGACCAUGUCCUUCAGGACUUCCUCACAGCCAGAAGCCAUUCCAGAUCUGGGUGAGGAGGCUGCUCUCUCCAUGGGCAUCAUGCUCUGGGCAGGAAUACUGGUCGUGGUUUUUAUAUUGUUGCUGCUGGCGGUCGACGUCACCUGUUACUUUGUCAACAAAUGUGGCCUCAUCAUGUGCCUUUGUGGCAAAUUUGGCACAGGGACCAAAGGUCAUGACCUGGAAGAGGGAAAGGCAGCUUUUGUGAAAGACGAGUCCAAAGAGCCAAUUGUCCUUAGAGAAGAUGAGUGCACAGCCAAUCACAACGCAGCUGGGCCCACGGAACCUAGCGAAACCACACCGCUCACUGAGCCAGAGCUGGCAGCUUCCACUGCUGCUCUGGCACCGGAAACGCUCUCCUCCGUAGCUACCAACUCCGAUUCAGGCACCGCGACUAAUGACCCUGCUCAGGACAGCCCCUCUAGUGAAACCACUACCCUCACUUGUAGCCUUUCCACCCCAGCCAACGACCCCUCACCUGCCCCUGUUCCAGCCCCAGCACCUACUCCAGAGUCUAAUCCUACACCUGUCCUCCCUGCUUCUGCACUUAAGGCAAACAUGGCUCCUUCAGUAGAACAAAGAGCAAGUGAAGCCCCACAGGAGGAGGAGACAGUGAACAGCACGGCUAGUACCCCAGAACAGACUAGACCCCAAAAAUCUGGGACACCGAUUCCACCUAAACGCAGGUACUCUCCAAAAAUGGCUGCACUGAAUGCUAAAUGCAGUCCUCCAGUGUCUCCCCUCGCUACGUCCUCACCCAAGAAGUUUGCUCAGAGCCCACCUGUGAACAAGCCUCUGACGCCAGAUGACAGUGUUGUCAUAGAGGCAGAGACACCAGCGAAAACUGCCAAGACCCUGGAACGCACUGCCCCUCCAAAACCAGACCCAGAUCUGAGAGCCACUGCCCCCGACUCCAGCGGGCUUAACCUUACUGCCCCUGAUGUGAACAAACCAACAGAACAGUCUGUUGACAACAUUCCUACUGCCAAAGAUGCUGCCUCCGACUCUUCUUCAGUGUUUAACGGUGGUCUCGCAGAACCAGAUGUAGAUCAUUUAGUUGCAGAAGUAGCUUCUCCCCCUCCCCUAACUUCCGUUCCCUGUUCCUCCCCUCCUACCUCUGAUAGCCUACAGCCGCCUGCCUCCAACAACCUCACAGAUCAGGCGGACAUGUAUGACAAUAUAACCCAAGACGUGGGACCAAGACGUAUGGAUUUAGACUUAGAGCUGACACGUGACACACCCGCUGACCUUAUUAGCUUAGACAGCCCGCCCUCUGCCCCCACUUUGCCCAACGGAGACGGAGUAGACCUGACCCCCUCAGGUCCAGUUGUGGAGGCUUCAGAGACUCUGGCCAAGACUGCUGUCAACCUACUGUCACCUACUGUCAACGAUGAAAAGGUUUUCCCUGACGAGAAAAUCAAAGUGGACGAGGCAGCGGCUUCAUCCAUCGCCUCGACAGAGACCUCACCAGAACACAACAAUGGCGUACUGUCAAAAUCCACCAAGAGCAAAGCAUGAUGGGAUGUAAAAAACACCCGCAGCCGUAAUUCCCCCCAAAAAAUUCUUCACAGCAACCGGAGAAAACACAGCAGGAGAUUUGAUUUUCUGUGCGAUAUAUUCAGUACUUCCACUGCGUUUUCCCAUACGAAAUAUUUAGUACAAUCCUGUGGAGUUCAUCUUUAAAGGUCAUUAAGAUUUAUAUUAUUUUUUUAUUCUGAUUUGAUUUAACCAGUCUAGGACGUUUCAAAAGGAAACUCUGAAGAUUGCUUGAUAAAUAUAAAGAAUUUGACUUUUUUAUUGUGCUGACAGUUUACCAGAUGAUAAGUAUUGUAAAAAUGACUAUAUGAAAUUAUUUUUUGUUAUUUUAAAGCUCAGAUGUAAAAUAAUUUCCUAAUGUGUUCGUAUGUUUAGGCUAGCCAUAUCACUAGCUUGUUCUGCAUGUUUGACUGUGUGUCAGUUAAUUGUGUGAAUCCAGGGACAUUACAUUUCUCACAGAUAUAAGCUGACACAGACUUAAUAGUACCCUGAUUGAAUAGUUUGAAUCAUUUUGUUUACAAAUUGAUGAAGAAAGCUAAGGGGUGGGACAGUAUAAAAAUAAUUAUUGAUUUAUUUAAAAUAUUUUACAUAAAAAAUAACUCUUGGUGGCUUCUCUCAAAAAACAAACAAAAAAACAAAAAACCAACCAACCAAAAAACCCCAGAUAGAACCUUGUUAGUAUUUGUGUUUUGAUUGGUGUUCGGUACAUGAGUCAACACGAGUCAUAAGAUGGAUGACUUUAAACAGGUAUGAUAUGACACUAACAGGAUAUAAGUGUUGGAAUGUUGUUAAACUUCUUAUUAAGACUAAACACGUACAGUGUGCAGACUUUCUGCCAGAAAUUACCUUGUAGAAUUCUGGCUAAUGGCUGAAUUGAGUUUCUUUCUGCUUUGACAAAAGAGGUAAAUCCCAUGGAGCUAGAUGCUAACUGGCUAACUGUUGAGCUUUAAGAAAAUACGUAGGUUUCUAUUCACUUUUGGUUACACAUUUAUUGUUUGCUCUGGUUUCAGAAUUAUUCAUUUCUGACGGUUUAAAAACUAGUUAAAAUGUGUGUGAGAACUUAACUCAACACUUGACAAAGACGUGACACAACCAGAGAGACGUGUCUUUAUGUCCUUUGGUCAUUAAAACCGGACACCUUUGGAAAUUAGAAAAAGAAAUUCUGUGUAUACUGUAUGUGAACUUCUUUACCUACAUGUUAUAUAAUAUGUAACUCUGUAGAGUCACCGGUGAUUGUUUGUAUUAUUAUUAUUAUUUAUGUAUUUAUUACAAAUAUUCAAAGGCUUUCUUGAUGCAAGCGUUCAGCCUGUUGCCAUACUCGGUGCACGUACGUUGACAAAACCGCCCCUGUUUUGGUCUUUAACCAAUCACAGUCUUGCUGCCUCGAACACACGUUGUAUUGAAUUAUUACUUGACAAACCUACACAACACAUUUACAAAAUACAUAAACUGUCCUUCAGACAAUGGUGACGCGCAUCCAACUAUUUGUCUCUAUCCUUAGUCAGUGUGUCCACAGCUGUGGCGUCAGCAGAACAUAGACGCCCCCGUGUGGUUUUUAAAGGAAUACAUUUGGACAGGGCAGCUGUGUGUAAUAUCACGUCGCGCGUUUAGAAAUGUUGCAUGUUGACUUAAAUUAAUUGAAAGAAUCUUAACAUUAAACAAUUAUUAAAUAAUAUCUACUAACACUUCCUUCAAGUUGGACACAAUUGACGUAUUGGUCAAUCAUAAAAAUACAAUUAAAUACAACAUUUUACACUAUGCUUUAUCAGCUUUUUCAACGUUUUACGCUUUUGUUACCAAUCUGGUUCUAAAUUAUGACAAACCUCAUUGAUAAUAUCACGAUGAUAAUGAAAAUAUAUUAAGUUUAAGUUUGUUUAGUUUUUUUAAUUGUACUUUAUAGCAAUAAUAUAUAUUGUCCCACCUCUUAAAGAUAGAAAAUCGUUAUAUAAAUAUACGCUAAAUGUGUUGACAAUUAAACUUUGUUUAAACGUUUUUAAACAAUACAUUUAUUUAGCCCCACACAAAACUAAAAAUCAAUGUCAUUGUAUCAAAUGUGCAAACAAAUAAUUGUUAGUGUUUUUUUAAGAAAGAAGCUAGAACUAAGAAAUUAAAAAUGAUGAAUUCUUCCUGACUACAAAACAUCAAAAGGGUCUCUUAACUAAUGAUUUUUAAAGGGAAAAAAUAAAUAUACACAGUACUUGAUUACUUGAGUACUUGUUUUUUAAGGGAUAAAACAGAGAUUUCCAUUCCUGCCUGCGAGCUUGUGCACUGUGCCUGUGUGUCGGUAGACUGUCGUGUCAUUGGUUUAUAUGAUAAAGUGUAACCUUGUUGUAAGACAUUAUAGCCUCUUAUUUUCUAAAUUUCAUCAGCUGCAGUAAUAAAAAUGAAUCGUAUGAUGAAUUGAAAAACAUGAUCGUUAUAACGACUGUAGUUUGUGAACAUAUUUUUUUCUGGUAACGGCACUGAAGCUAAAGUAAAAGGAAGAGUUUUUUGACAGUUCAGGAAACACAAGAAGUUAAAGAAAAAUGUAGGUGUAAAGACUAAUGGAAUCAAACUGAUUUUUUUUCCCUUUUAAGCCAUUGUAUUUCGGGGUCUUGGAAAUGCAUGAUAACUCAUGAAACUUUGUUCAAGUUUUAAAGACAGAAUCAUUGGUUUUGUUGUGUGUGGCUGCUCCCCCCAGCUAUAAAAAAAAUAAAAUAUAGUGUGAACCAAUUUGGGUCGGCAUGUAACGAACAAAGGUGUGUUUUUGGAGCUCUCUUCUGAACCUCAUGGGAAGUCAGCUACACUGUGUUCACUGAUCAAUAAUAAUGAUUGUUGUAACUGUGAGAAUUGGGGCAAAAAGAAGAACACAGUGAUUCUUGAUCUCAGUUGUUGCCCCCUCCCCCAAUUAGGAACUUUCUGCAGCUGAUGCACCGACCUUUAGACAUAUGUAUCAGGUCAGUACAG